CUCUUUGGGUUUUUGACAUGUUUAAUGUACUUUCGAGGUUAAGUUAAACCACAUAUGUUUAUUUAUUAGGAAUUAUAAGCUUAAUCACAAUGAAAUGUAUUAUUCCUGAAAUAUCUUGGCAUAAUAGAGAACCAGUUCUUAGUGUAGAUUUACAUCCAGAUAUUAACUCAUUUUACAAAUUGGCUACUGGUGGUGGAGAUUCUCACAUUUUGAUAUGGCAAAUUAAUAUUGAAGAAAACGGGGCACUCAAACAAGAAGUAAUAUCAGAUUUGAAGAGGCACCAAAAAUCAGUUAACGUAGUAAGAUGGUCCCCUUCUGGAAUGUAUUUAGCUUCUGCAGAUGAUGAUGCUAAUAUUAUUAUUUGGCAAUUGAAAACAGAUAAUAUUCCUUCAUUAGAUGAUGAAACAAAUGACAGGGAAGUUUGGGUGGUUUUCAAAAUUCUUAGGUGUCAUAAGGAAGAUAUUUAUGAUAUAUGCUGGUCACCUAAUAGCUCUAAAUUGCUAUCAGGUUCAAUAGAUAAUACUGCAAUUCUAUGGGAUGUUCAAAAAGGAAAAAAUGAACAAAUAUUGACUGAUCACAAAGGAUUUGUUCAAGGAGUAGCAUGGGAUCCAAAAAAUCAAUAUAUUGCAACUAUCAGUACUGACAGAAUAUGUAGAAUAUUUGAUACAAAUGGAAAACAUGUCAAAGCAAGAAUAUCUAAAGGCAUAUUACCUGUACCUCUAGAUCAUAACUUAUUUGAGAAAGAAGUGAAAUAUUUUCAUGAUGAUACAUUCAAGUCAUUUUUCAGAAGAUUAUCCUUUUCUCCUGAUGGUUCUAUAUUGAUUGUACCAUCUGGGCAUAUUAUCCAUGAUGAUGGCAAACCUCUUAGUUGUACAUAUAUUUUCCCAAUAGAGACAAAUUUUCCAGCAGCUAUUCUGCCAGUCGAAAAACAAUGUAGCACAGUAGUGAAAUGUUGUCCCAUUUAUUUUGAGUUGAGGGGUGAUGGACCUGAACCCUAUAUUAAUCUACCAUAUAGAAUCCUCUUUGCUGUAGGAACAGAUCAUGAUAUUAUAUUAUAUGACAGUCAACAAAAAGCACCUUUUGCUAGGUUUAAUAAUAUACAUUAUACAAGAUUAACUGAUUUGACAUGGUCAGGUGAUGGAUUACUUCUUAUAGCAUCAUCAACAGAUGGAUUUUGUACGUUGAUAACAUUUGAGCCUGAAGAGUUGGGUAUUCAGUAUGUUAAAGAAGAGAGUGAAGCUGAAGAUGCUGUGAAUGUGCCAAUUUUAGAAGACAAAGUUAAUAUUGUUGAAACUACAGAAAUUCAGAGCAUUAAAGUGAAAGAUGCUCCAGAUAAAUCAACUAUUAAAGUUAUUACACCAAGAAGGGUUAAAAGACCAUCAGUGCCAGAGAAAAAUACAUCUAUUUUGGCAUUUUUUAAAAAAGCAAAUGAUCAGAUCAAAGAACAAAAAAAACCUGAUGAAAUGGAUGUGAAUGUCAACACAGAAUCUGAAAAAUUGGAAAUAAAAGCAUUGAGUCCUAAGAGAUCAAAAAGUGAUGUUUCCGCUUCCUGUGAAAAAAUACAAACUGAAUUCACCACUCAAAAAGAAGAAAAAGCAAAUUCUUCUACUUCCAAACAUAAUAAAGAUAGAUUAGAGAAUAUUGAAUCUCCUUAUGUUAAGUUAGAAAGGAUUAAUUUAGAUACUGUAAAAAAACCUAGACGGAUUACUCCAAGAAGGGUGUCGUGAAAUUUAUUUUCGAACAUUUAUUUUAUAAUAUAUUAUAUAAUAUGUGCUGAGAAUUCAUAAUAAAAUAUAACUUAUACUACUUAA